UCCAUUAACUAACCUCCGGCCGUUCGCGAAAGAGAAAGAAAGAAAGAGAGACGACCAGACCAAGAAAAAAAGUAGAAAAAAAAUGAAAUCUUAAAACGUCUCCGAUCAUCGUUUAGCUUGCUUGAAUCGGGAUUUUGAUUGAUCGGUGAAAUGGGUGACGCUUAUUGUUCCGACUGCAAGAAAGCGACGGAGGUAGUUUUUGAUCACUCCGCCGGCGAUACGGUUUGUUCUGAGUGCGGUUUGGUUCUCGAAUCGCACUCUAUCGAUGAGACAUCAGAGUGGCGUACCUUCGCUAAUGAGUCCGGUGAUAACGAUCCGGUCAGAGUUGGCGGCCCUUCGAAUCCGCUCUUAACGGACGGUGGUCUUUCCACCGUCAUUGCUAAACCGAACGGAGGUACAUCCGAUUUCCUCUCCUCCUCUCUCGGACGAUGGCAGAAUCGAGGUUCAAAUCCUGAUCGGACUCUUAUCUUGGCGUUCAAGACCAUCGCCAUCAUGUCUGACAGAUUGGGGCUUGUUGCUACCAUAAAGGAUAGGGCAAAUGAGAUAUACAAGAAAGUAGAAGAUCAAAAAUCUAGUAGAGGAAGGAACCAGGAUGCGAUAUUGGCUGCUUGUCUCUACAUAGCUUGUCGCCAAGAAGACAAGCCGAGGACUGUAAAGGAAAUUUGUUCUGUUGCCAAUGGAGCGACAAAGAAGGAAAUUGGCCGAGCAAAAGAAUACAUAGUGAAACAGCUAGAGCUUGAGAUGGGUCAAUCUGUGGAUAUGGGUACUAUUCAUGCAGGCGAUUUCAUGAGACGGUUCUGCUCAAAUCUUGGCAUGAACAACCAAGCAGUGAAAGCAGCCCAGGAAGCUGUGCAAAAGUCUGAAGAGUUCGAUAUUAGGAGAAGUCCAAUAUCAAUUGCAGCAGCUGUCAUUUACAUUGUAACACAGCUCUCAGAUGAUAAGAAGCCUCUCAAAGACAUUUCAAUUGCUACUGGAGUUGCAGAAGGAACAAUCAGAAAUUCUUACAAGGAUCUUUAUCCUCAUAUAGCCAAGAUAAUACCCAGCUGGUAUGCAAAAGAAGAGGAUCUCAAGAACCUCUGCAGUCCCUAGCUAGGACUAGGACUCUCUCUGUUUGUCUGUAAACAUCGGCUUAAGAAGAAACAAAAACCAAUUUUCUACAUUAGUUUUGAUGAGACUUGUAUUUUGUUCGUUGAGAAGAGGACACCGAACUAUUUAUUAUUACUACUUUGCAGCUGCUUCAACUGAGAAAUGGAAUCAAUAUAAAGAAUUGGUAUUUGUAAAUUUUACCUAAACUAAACCCCUACUCUUUUAA